AUGGCGGAAAUACCAAGUUCGUAUAACUCGAGUGUCUUCCUCUCUCAACCGCACUCUUCCCAGGCCCCUCCAAUAUCUAGAGCGAACUUCUAUGCGCAGUCGUUACCGCAGCGACUACUCGGAAUAGGAGCAAAUUCCGCACAACCUAGACUGGGGUCGUCGGCGUCAUCUCUUGCCCAACUCGGAAAACACUUCGUCUCGUAUUGCGAGCCUCUAGAUGAAUUACUGGAUGGUGGGCUUGCGUACGGACAAAUGUUGGAGAUAUCCGGACCACCUGGAACGCCACGGGAACAUCUGUCUUCUUUAUUUGCACGUCAGGCUAUGGCUCGGGAAGAGGAAGUGAUAUAUGUUGUCAGUCAGAACAUGACGUCUCCGUCGACUCUUCGCGACGUAACUGGUGCGACGAACGCAAGCCUCCUGCAUUACGAUAGCAUUUUUACCAUGACCGGAUUACUCGCCUUUCUCCGCACGCUGCCAAUGUACCUCGAUGAGCAUCCUACCAUAACACUAAUCAUUCUCGAAUCGUUCUGGUUUCCAUUUCAAGAAACGAGCUCACUGUCGCGUACUGCUCGCGCCAAUCUUCUAGCAAAGGUCAAACUCGACCUGACUCACCUUUGUGCGGAACGCAAAGUGGCCAUCGUCACGACGUCUCAGCUCGCCACCAAACUUGUUCACGCCGACGGAACACCAGCGAAUUUCGAAACCGGAGCCAAGGCUAUCCUUGUCCCUCAACUUGGUACUGCGUAUCUGCAGCAGAGCAAGGCGUACCGAGUAAUCAUUGUACCAGAAACCCGGAUGAGCGGGCAGUUGCGGCUACUAUCCUCACCUUCUAGUAGCAAUGAUGGUGAUGGGAAGAUGGUCCGUGAGGUUUCGUAUAGAAUAUCGCAGGGCACCAUGACGCGCUCGGCAUAA